AUGGCUCGGGAUUUCAGUGCGCUGCAAGUUCUACAGCAGAUGUUUGCCAAUAUCGAGCAAAGUGAGUCUGAAGAGGAGGCAGAGGAUGUGUCAGAAGAUGACGGGGAAGAGUGUGCAGAGAAUGUAGCAGAAGAGGAUGACAAAGAAGAAGACGGGAAAGAGUACGCGGAGCAUGUGUCAGAAGAGGAAGACGGGCAAGAGUACGACGCAGUCAACCACGACGCUGCCGCCGACCAAGCCCCUCAAAUCGACAGAGAUACUUUCUUGUCGAAAAACGGCCAAAUUGAGUGGUGUUCGAUUGCGUAUCGGAGGAAUCCGAGGCUGCUGUCGCAACGUGAAAGUACGGAGAGGACCCCCAGAGGACCCACAGCUUACGCCGUUUCCCACGCUCACGACAUCGUCUCCGCAUUUUUACUCUUUGUCAUGCCACAAAUCGAAAGAGUAAUCUUGGACGUGACAAAUCGGGAAGGUUAUCUGAAACGCGGAGAGGAGUGGAAAGCCAUGGACGCCACUGACCUACGUGCCUACAUAGGGCUGCUAAUCCUGGCAGGGGUGUACAAGUCCCGAGGCGAAGUGGCCGCCAGUCUAUGGGACGCGCAAAGCGGCAGAGCGAUUUUCCGCGCUACCAUGCAGCUGAAACUCUUCUACACCUAUUCGACGUCGAUACGAUUUGACGACCGUGGGACACGAGCGGCGAGACGCGCGACGGACAAGUUGGCGGCGAUAAGAGAGGUCUGGGAUAUGUGGGUAGAGAGAUUACCACGCCUCUACGACCCAGGGCCCGAAGUGACCGUGGACGAACAACUGCUCGCAUUCAGAGGACGGUGUCCUUUCAAGCAGUACAUGCCAAGCAAACCGGCGAAAUAUGGCAUCAAGUCGUGGGUCGCGUGCGAUGCAAAAUCAAGCUACGCUUGGAAGAUGCAAGUCUACACCGGGAAGCAGAUGGACGGAGUCCCGGAGAGGAACCAGGGGAUGCGCGUCGUGCUCGACGUGACAGAGGGCCUGAAGGAUCGCAAUGUCACGUGUGACAAUUUCUUCACCUCUUACGAACUCGGACGAGAGCUCAUGGCGACGAGAAACAUGACCGUGGUUGGCACCGUGCGAAAGAACAGGGCCGAGCUCCCGUCCGAGCUGCUGACAAUGAAGACGCGACGGGUGCUGUCGUCGCAGUUCGCCUUCACUCCAACCACCACUCUGGUUUCCUAUCUCGCGAAGAAAAAUAAGAACGUUUUACUCAUGAGCACACGCCACACAGACGCUGAAAUCAGUGACAGAAACGACGGCAAACCGACCAUCGUCCUGGAUUAUAAUUUGAACAAAGGCGGAGUCGACAAUCUGGAUAAGGUCAUCACGGCCUACAGCUGUAAAAGGAAGACGGCCCGCUGGCCCCUCGUCAUCUUCAGCAACAUCGUUGACGUCUCCUCCUACAACGCCUUUGUGAUAUGGAGAGAGGUCAACCCCAACUGGAUGCCGCGUACGCGCAACAAGAGAAGGUUUUUCCUCGAGCAGCUCGGAAGGGCCCUCGUGACUCCGCUGAUCGAAAGAAGACGAUGUCUGCCCCGCACUGGAGCUGCUGCAGCGGUUGUGAAAGAUCUACGGAUGGCCAGCUGUCGAGAUCCGCCUCCUCAACGGCGACCCGGAGAGGAUGGCGCAGCGCCAGCAGCCGCCACCGCCGCCUCCUCAUCGGCAGGACCGACGUCGCCGGUCCCUGCCAGUAAGAGGAAGAGAUGUCAAGUCUGCCUGGUGAAGAAGGACCGUAAAACGUUCACCGUUUGUCGCGGGUGUAAGAGGCCUGUCUGCAAAUCCUGUUCGCAUGUAUACUGCCCCACCGAGCUGGGCUUCGGCCAAGGAGAGGUUCCCGUUGACCCUGGACGACCUGCGGGAGUGUGUGCAGAAGACUGA